CAUCACCACGACCACUCAGCUGAGCGAUCGAGGUUCACAGCCCUGCUCCUCCCAUACACGUCCAAAUGGCCGGUGCUCCACGCUGUGGUCGCAGACAAGGAUUCUCGUCGAAUAUUUUACUUUAUGAGGUUUGUCGCAUACUCUGCUCCCCGCAAGUGGCAGCGUAUGGCUAAUGUCUAGUCCUCCAGCCUGAAUCUCGCAUUUAUGGCCGUGCAAGCAUUCUAUGGCUAUGUGACGGACUCACUUGGUCUGCUCAGUGACAGCAUACAUAUGUUCUUUGACUGCGUGGCUCUUGGAAUUGGGCUAUUCGCAGCUGUCGCGAGCAAGUGGCCUCCGAGCGAGAGGUUCCCGUAUGGCUUCGGCAAGAUCGAGACGCUCAGCGGCUUCGGUAACGGGGUGUUCUUGGGGCUCUUGGUGAACUUGGUUGGGAUGAUGGCCUUUGGCCACCAUCAUCAUGGCCACGGUCAUAGCCACGGCCACUCCCAUGGCUGCAACGGGCAUGCCUAUGAGGACAAGCAUUCCCACAACCACGGCCACUCCCACAGUCAUCAGCACCACGACGAGAAGCCGAGCCAUACCCACGGGCAUUCGCAUUCUCAUGACAACGAAAACAUGCAUGGCAUUUACCUGCACGUACUGGCUGACACGUUGGGGAGCGCAGCCGUCAUUGCCUCGACGGUGUUGACACACUUUUGGAAGUGGUCGGGAUGGGACCCGCUUGCGUCAUUCCUCAUCGCUGUCUUGAUCUUGCUGUCGGCCCUGCCGCUGGUGAAGUCGUCGGCGCGGCGGUUGCUGCUGACCAUCCCGCCAGAGACAGAGUACAGCCUGCGGGAAACGCUGUCCGGGAUAACCGGCCUGCGAGGGGUCGUCUCGUACGCGGCGCCAAAGUUUUGGGUCGACGAUCGAAACGCGGUCUCUUCGGCAGACAAGCUCUUGGGCGUCAUGCAUGUUGUCGCCGCCAAGGGCGCAGACAUGGAGGACGUCCGUGACCGGGUCCGCAACUAUCUGCUCGAGCACAAAAUCGAUGUCACGUUACAGGUCGAGCGGGAGGGUGAUAAUACCUGCUGGUGUGGAGUAGGACGGAGCACGCUCGCGCAGCCGCACAUGUCGACCAGGAGUGUUGGUAUCUUUUAGGGGGUUUCUUCUGAGGCUAGACUCAGUUUUGGGACAGACAUUUUGUCGUACCAUUUUGUGUCAUAUUGCGGCAUGUUGGAUGGCACCAUAUAUCGCUGUCUACUGUGGGUUUAUUUGGGGUCGUUCCCCUUGCCGUUGUACAAUACACUGCUGUUGACCCAGGUGAAGAGACGUCU